AUGGAAGAUACUCAAGACUUGAACCUUACUUUUUCCGGCUGUGGAUUCUUGGGAAUGUACCAUAUCGGAGUGAUGUCUUGCCUCAAACAAAACGCCGCCGGCUUUUUGAGAAGGGUGAAAUGUUUCGGCGGAGCGAGCGCAGGUGCCUUUGCCGCUGUAGGUCUUAUCGUUGACUUGGACAUUAGCGAGGUCGCCGAGUCAGUUAUAAGACUCGGAAAGAGAGCAAAGUCUCUUUCAUUAGGACCACUUCAUCCGAGUUUUGAGAUAGUCAGAACUAUUCGGAGAGCUUUUGAAAAAAUGCUACCAGAAAACGCACAUGAACUUGCCAGCGGCAGAUUGCACAUUUCAUUGACCCAUGUCCCAGAUUGUCAAAAUGUCAUUAUAUCCGAAUUCUACUCCAAAGAAGAUCUUAUUGAGGGGGACUUUCUUAUUGUGCAGGAACGCAGACAAGCUUACAAACAAGCAUUCAUAGAAGCAGAUGUAUUUACCAGCUCAGAUAGUGAUGAUGCUGAAACUGACGAGUCAACAGAAAUCGAGCAGGAAGGGGAAUCCAAACUAACUAUCAUUCUUCAUCGUACAAGCGAAGCAGUAACAGAGGCAGAGCUCUGGUCUUGUUACUUUAUCCGCAGAGUUUUCUGGGUGCUAAAGCUGGCAGCAAAACCUUGUGUGAUUUCCCUGAAACAAAUCUCACAACUUGCAAACAUCAUUCUGGAAUCAUUGCCCAAAGUGGAAAAGACAGGAAAUGAAUAUCUUGAUGAGCUGUUAUCUAUGAUUUACAUGGUCAUUCAUACAUACCAGGACAAGCACCAAGUACAGUGCUGGAAAACAUAUGGACCAGCCAUUACUGCAGGACUUCGACAGGAAGAUGGUUCAGGAAUUAGUUCAACAGAUGAAUCACCAAGUUCUGGUGACAAUGCAAUGUAUUCCAUCCCUGAAGAAGUGGAAGAAACAGGAGAAACACCGGCUUGUUCACUGAUGCCCUUGAAUUCAGAUGAUGAAAGUGACAUUGAAGUUCUUGUGGGUCAAUCUGCAGAGUGCUUACUGCAAAGUGCGAUGAGAUGGGAAGAUGAUGUUAGUGACAAUGCUUUCUUUUUGAGAACAAAGGAAGCAGGCAGUGAUCGAAGCAUAAAUAAAUCUGUGGGAAGGUGGGAGUCUGAAGGAGGAGCUUGUGGAGAAGAGCCAGCUUCGGAGAGCCUUGAUGAUUAUGUGCUUCUAGAUGGGUAUGAGAGUGAUGUAGAAUCUGAGUCAAGUGGCUAUGAUGAGCUGCACUAGAGCCUCUAACAAGACACUUUGGUGGCAGUGGGAUCUAUGUUGAACUCUGCUUAAAAGAUGAGCUGUCCUUGAGCCACACCCAACUUUGGUGUAUGAUUUGGACGCUACAGUGCAAAUCAGAAAAAAAAAGUGCAAAGGGCAAGGGUAAACCAAUCCUAUUUUAUGAUGAACUGCAAACCCUGAUGGUACGCAUUAGAUUGACCUGUAAUGUGAAUGGCUUUGGUGAAGUUAGCACAUCAAAAAUUAUUAAAACAAAGUGUUCAUGUUGCUUGGGUUCAGACAGUAAGUUACAGUCCCCAGUGUUAACUCUGACAAGCACAGCACUUCCGAACACUAAAGAACUAGGGUGUGGCUCAUGACAAUAUCUGUGGUCUAAAGUAGGUUGUACGUAGAUCACAGGAUAAACUAUGCUUGCUAAGAAAUGAGAAGCUGCUUCUUGAAAGGAGUAAUAGAAUUAAUGUUACAUAGUUGCCUGGUAGCUUGGAAAAGGAAUAUUAAGGAGAUUUUUUUUAUCGAUUUCAAGAUAAUUGUUUUUCAGCAUCACAUGCAGUAAAUUACUGAAUUACAGAAGAUAAGAGGUAUUUUAAGUGUCUUAAAGGAGACUGAGAUCAUGUAGUUUCCUUAGAUGAUAAAUGAAGAGUAUCCAGAAGAUCUACAACCACAUGUACGAGCCCCUAAAUUCUCGCAUGUAACAUUUUGAAGAAAUAGAUUGUAAUAAAUAGGGGGAAUUAAUAUGCAAGUCUUGAGACUUUAAGGGUUACAACUGAUCUACAAUUGUACAUAAGACACAUUAUUUAACUAUUUUUUUAUUACAUGGAAAGUUUUAACUUAUUCAAAUGCAGAGAGUCCAUCAUUAACCAGCUGUGGGUAUGGCCGACAUGUAACUUGUUAUCAAUGAAAAUUAUGGCAAAUGCAUGCAGGCAUGCAGUUUUAAUCAAAGGAACAGAACAUGUGUUCAACAAGGGUAAUUACUAGAACAUAAGAUCUGAUUACUAUGGCAAAAUUGUUUUGAUAUUUCCUUGUCUUUAUCUGAACAAAAUAAACCAAGACCAGUUAGGUAAGAAGAAUCUGUAUAUGGACAAUUCAGGACCUUAUGCGCUUAUACAAAUGUACAGAACAAAAUAAUGAGCAGACUUAUGGUUGUUGUGCAAGCAAGUGGUCACUGUAAAGUUUAAAGCGGUAAAACAGCUUGUAGAGGGUGCUUUUCAUAGAUAUGUUGUUUGAUCGCGAAAUUGAUUACAAUUUUUCAACAUGAAUGGUCCAUUCUGCUUGCAAUCAAGUUCCAUUAACUAGCUUUAAGAGAACAUUUAUUGAAACCAGUAAGGAGAAUUUUUUAUGUUGGCAUCUUGUACGGUGUUUGUAGAUAGUAUUGCUGGGUAAAACGGUUGUACAGAGAUUUUUGAAUUGGAUGAAACACAGAGGAGCGGUUUAGUUUGGACUUGUACAAAUUUAUUUUUAUUAUGGUAUUUUAGUGUAAUGUUAUAUUGUAAAAGACUAUAAUUACUUGAAUUUCAAUUUUCACGUGCAGCAAUUUAAUAUUGCCUUGAAAAUUAAUUAUAGUAUCACUUAAUAUUAAUUUACUAGUUUAUUUUAUACAUAGUAAAUUAAAUAUCAAAAGCUAGUAUUUUCAUGUGAUGUCCAUGAACAGGUAUGUUUGUCAAAUUGUGUUUUAUAGACAAUAAAAGAGAUAAUAAUUUGAA